CAGCCCGCACAGGCGAAGCCCCACCCCCAGCCGCCUUUGGUGAGCUGAACCGUUCCGGCCUCUUCUCUCCGAGGUCUUCGAAGUCAAAGGGCUUUCUGGGAGAAUAAUUUAAAUAGACAACGCGUCCUGGGCAUUAUUUGCAUAGGGGUAGGGCCACAACAAGCGGACCAUCCUCAGAGGACGCGACCAGCGCAAGAGCCUCCUUUUUGCACAGGACGUGGCCACGGUGGAGGCGGGCCCCACGGUGGAGCCAGACACCACUUCCUCCUUCCGCGGGCUCCUUCCGCAUUCCUCCCGCCUUCCUUCCGUGCUGCGCUGCUUUCGUUCCGUCGUCUCCCGGCGCCUCCCGAGUCCGUGCCCAGAUGCUUCGGAAACGGCGGCGAGUGCGGGCUGGGUCCUCGCGCGGCGCUGCUGCCUCCUCCGCGCCGCUCCCGGCGCGCUUCCCCGGCAUCGUCCUCUACUUGGCGGAGCCGCGCAUGGGCCGUAGCCGCCGCGCGUUCCUCACGCGCCUGGCGGUGUCCAAAGGCUUCCGCGUCCUGGAUGUCUACAGCUCAGAGGUGACCCAUGUGGUGAUGGAGCAGACCUCGGCGGAGGAAGCCAUCAACUGGCAGAAGCGCAUGGCUGCUGAUCUGGACUAUCACCAUCCAGCUCUGCUGGACAUUAGCUGGUUCACAGAGAGCAUGGCAGCUGGGCAGCCUGUCCCCAUGGAGGUCCGGCACCACCUGGAGGUAGCUGAGCCCAAGAAGGCGCCCCCAAGCCCGGUAUUGAUGCCAGCUUAUGCCUGUCAGCGUCCCACACCUCUCUCUCACCACAACACUAGACUCUCGGAGGCUCUGGAGACACUGGCAGAGGCAGCAGGCUUUAACAGCAACGAGGGCCGCCUCCUCUCCUUCCACAGAGCAGCCUCAGUGCUCAAGGCCCUUCCCUACCCUGUCACAUCCCUGAGUCAGCUGCAGGGGCUGCUCCAUUUUGGAGAACAUUCCUCUAGAGUUAUCCAGGAGCUGCUGGAAUGUGGAACAUGUGAGGAGGUGGAGCUAGUACGCUGCUCAGAAAGAUACCAGACCAUGAAGGUCUUCACCCAGAUCUUUGGGGUUGGUGUGAAGACUGCCAACAGGUGGUACCAGGAAGGACUGCGAACCCUGGAUGACCUCAGAGAGCAGCCCCAGAGGCUGACCCAGCAGCAGAAAGCAGGGCUCCAGCACUACGAGGACCUGAGCACCCCAGUUGGGCGAGCCGAUGCUCAGGCUCUGCAGCGGUUGGUGGAGGCAACUGUGGAACACACCCUGCCUGGAGCCACUGUCACGCUGACUGGCGGUUUCCGGAGGGGCAAGUUGCAAGGCCACGAUGUGGACUUCCUUCUCACCCACCCUGAGGAGGGCCAGGAAGUGGGGCUGCUGCCCAGAGUGAUGAGCCACCUGCAGAACCAGGGCCUUGUCCUAUACCACCAGUACCACUGCAGCCAUUUAGGAGACCCUGCCCACCACCUCCAGCGGCAGAACCACACCAUGGAUGCCUUUGAGAGGAGUUUCUGCAUCUUGCGCCUGCCGCAACCCCCAGAGGCUGCUAUGGAUGUGGCCCAGAAUCCCUGCCCAGCCUGGAAAGCUGUGAGGGUAGAUCUGGUGGUCGCCCCCAGCAGCCAGUACCCUUUUGCUCUCCUUGGCUGGACUGGCUCCCAGCUUUUUGAGCGGGAACUUCGCCGCUUCAGCUGGCAAGAGAAAGGGUUGCGGCUGAACAGCCAUGGGCUGUAUGACCCAGAGCAGAAGGCAUUUUUCCAUGUGACUUCUGAGGAAGACAUUUUCAAACACCUGGGCCUCACGUACCUUCCUCCAGAGCAGAGAAACGCCUGAUCCUCCUGGUGGCCACCACUCCUACCCGUAGAAAAUAAGGAGUAGCCUGAUGGCUGACCAUGAAUGUCUGGGGAGAGAAGGUGUGCUGCCACCCACAUCCUCAUCUGGGCAAAUGGAGUUUUCAUGCUGGGACAUUGGCAAGGAAGGGCCUUCCACCCAACCUCAAAGCUGUGUGACCUUGGGUCACUUUUAACCUCCUGGCUCCUCAGCAUCAGGGGCUCUGAGCAGUGCACACAUCGUGGAACUGUGGCAGAGUCUGAAGUUUUUGUUCUGAUCCUGGUGUGAGCAUUUGAUACGUCCAGUUGUGGGUGUUUUGUCUGCUACAAGAUAUCUCCAUUCAGGGUGCCAGAAGAGAAACACAUAUCCCUGUCCUGGGCUUGAGCUGUGAGAUGGAAAAUGUCAUUCUGGCUGUGAGGUGUCACACACAAGAAGCCUGGCUGAGGGGGCUGCAGUGUCUGGAGAAGGAGGGGGCUUGGGACAGAGAACUUCUUUUGCAGGGGUAUCAAUCAGCACCACCACCCAUAGAUAGGCUUCCUGCUUCUGCCUUUAAAGGUUGUUGUCAGCUUUCUUAAAGACAAGUCUCACGCUGCCACUCCUGUCAGCCCCCAGUCCACUUCCUAUCCUUCUCUUUCCAGACCCCAUUUGGCCAAUUCCUUUACCUUCUCUGCGGCAGAAGCAUCAGAGUGGGCUCAUCACACAGGUGUCCUGUUUUCUUCAUGUCCAAAGGCGCAUUCUGGCAUCAAGGCCUUUGGCCUUGCCUUACUGUCCACCUAAA